AGUGAGACCUAAAGGCCAUGGUCGCUGGUGUGUUGUGACGGUAGGGGCCGUUUUGGGGUUCGUUUGUGGGAGAGAGUGGCAGUACGCCCCGUUUUGCCCUUCUAGAAACAAGUUCGAGCUGGACGGUCCAGAGACUCCAAUGGAUACGGGUGCCGGCGUCUCCGCGCCACCGCUCGGCGCCGAGCUUUGUACCGUGAAAGUGGAGGAGGACUCACCCGGAAAUCAGAAGCCUUCCGGACCCGGGGAUUGUCAGAACCCCGAAACUUCUCGAAAACAGUUCAGGCAGUUGCGCUACCAGGAAGUUGCGGGCCCCGAAGAGGCGCUGAGCCGACUCUGGGAGCUCUGUCGGCGGUGGCUGAGGCCGGAGCUGCGCUCUAAGGAGCAGAUCCUGGAGCUGCUGGUGCUGGAGCAGUUCCUCACCAUCCUGCCGCAGGAGCUCCAGGCUUGCGUGCGGGACCUCUGCCCUGAGAGCGGGGAGGAGGCUGCGGUGUUGGUGCGGACUCUACAGAGAGCACUGGACCGGGCCUCCCCACAGGGCCUUGUGACUUACAAGGAUGUGGCCGACUCCCUGACCUGGGAAGAGUGGGAGCAGCUGGCCGCAGCUCGGAAGAGUUUCUGCAGAGAGAGUACAAAGGACCGUGAUGGCACAGUUCUGUCUGGCUUGGAAACCAGAGCUUCAAGCACAGACUGGAUUCCAAAGCAAGAAACUUUAAAGGAAGCAGAAUCACAGGCAUGGGUGCAAGAAGUGUCCCAGGGAAAGGUCCCACUGUUUACCAAGUGUGCUGAUACCGUUGAGGACUGGGAAGAAAAGCUGCGAAAAGACACUGUAUUGCUGCAUCUCCAGCGUUCUCCUGAAGAGCAAGGACGCCCUGCCAUCCCUCAUCUCGUCGGUGUGUCCAAGGAAGGGGUUUCUGAGAGUCAUGAAUUUGGGAACAGUGCCAGCCUUGGCCUUGGUCAGCACAUCCAGACAGCAAAGCGUCUCAGUGCCACUGGUGCACAUGGGAGUGACCACAAACAAGGCUUCCAUGUGAAAUGCUGCACAGCGAAACCUCACAACUCUGUCGACAGCAGUUCGGGGCUCUGUGAGGACAAACCCUACAAGUGUGACAGCUGUGGGAGGAGCUUCAGCCAGCGCUCGGACCUCGUCAAACACCAGCGGACACACACAGGCGAGAAGCCCUAUCGGUGCCAAGCAUGUGGGAGAAGCUUCAGCCAGAGUGCUGCCCUUGUUAAACACCAGCGGACACACACAGGCGAGAAGCCGUAUGCCUGCCCAGAGUGCGGGGAAUGCUUCAGGCAGAGCUCGCAUCUCACUCGGCAUCAGAGGACCCAUGCCAGCGAGAAGUACUGUAAAUGUGAGGAGUGCGGGGAGGUCUUUCAUAUCUCUAGCCUUUGUAGACAUCAGAGACUCCAUAAAGGGGAGAGACCAUACAAGUGUGAGGACUGCCAGAAGAGCUUCAAACAGCGCUCAGACCUCUUUAAGCAUCAGAGAAUCCACACAGGAGAGAAGCCCUAUGUGUGUUUUGUCUGUGGGAAAAGCUUCACUCAGAGUGCAACCCUCAUUAAACACCAGAGAACUCACACGGGAGAAAAACCUUAUAAAUGUCUUCAGUGUGGUGAAAGAUUUAGACAGAGUACACACCUUGUCCGACACCAGAGAAUCCACCGAACCACAGUCUCCUAGCUUUCAUGUGUCUCUGUGUGACUUGUGGGUGUUUUUGCUGUUGCUGCUAUUUUUGAGAAAAGGUCUCACUGUGCAGCCCUGGCUGACCUGGAAGAAGCUAUAUAAAGCAGGCUGGCCUCAAAUGUGGAGACCAACCUGCCUCCGCCUCCAUCUCCUGAGUGCUGAGAUUAAAGGUCUGCACCACCAU